AUGUCAGAAAUUUCAGUAAAUAUAUUUUAUCGUAUCAUAGUUGGAGGAAAAAUAUUUAUAUUAUCACGAUCAAGUAUCUCGUACGAUUCACCAAAUUUAUUCACGGAAUAUUUCGUCAAAAAACCAUUAACGGCAACAGAAGUUUGGCAUGAUGAAAUAAAAACGUUACGGGAACAACAUAGUAGUAAUAAUUCUUCGUAUUCGAAUAAUAAUAAUCAAAGUAUCUUGAAUGGUCAUACAUCAGCUUUCACCAUAGGAUUAACGAAUAUGUUCAAUCCUAUAGCUAUUGCACACACUUCUACCACACCUCCACCACCAACAUCAACCAAAGACAUUUCUUUUGAUCGUGAUCCUUACAUUUUUGAAGUUAUAGCAAGGUAUCUUCGUGGAUACACGAUGUCCUUUCCUCUUUCCUCUUCCAUUAAUUUACCCACCGGAAUGAAUAUCGAGUCUUUUCAUCGAUACCUUCUUGAAGACGCAAUCUAUUAUAAAUUAUCUCAUCUUCAGCGACUUUUAUCAACUGUCUUUCCAAUUCAAUCACUAAUGCCAUCUCCUACCUUAACUUCAAGCUUAACCUCAAUCUCUUCACUUAAUAAUAAUUCAAACAAUAAUAAUUCCCCUUAUUAUGAUCCGUUUAUGAAUGAUACGAAAAUUGAUCUCCUCCUCUCCAAUACACCAAUAGACCAUUUGGUAAUGUUGGAUCGUAAACUAAGAUACAAGAUAAAAUCUUCUGAAUAUAAUGUUCAUCCUUUGGUACAAUUUCAUACCGAAAAUGUCGUAUGGGAUAUUUCACCAAACGCAUGGAGCUUUAAAUUCUUGCAAUCAAAAGAUUUAUUAAAAAUGACCUCUUUUUGUAAAGUUUUCAUCAAUUCAAAAUUUUAUAAAAAUGUUUUGCCAAAUCAAUUUGGUGAAACCUUCUUUAACGGUUUAAUAUGUACCUGCGUGUUUAGAAUUGAUGGAAGAGAAUGUAAUGGUUUGGAUGUUUAUAAUAGAUUCUUUAAUAAAUCAAGACAAUUUCAUAAACCUUCUUCGACGAGUAAUCCGAUUUCGACGGGUAUCCCUACCGCGAUGACAACAACAGCGGCGUCAUCAACAUCUUCAACCACUGGGAACAUUAUUAAUACCGCCAUGAAUAAGGCCAAUACUGCUACCGAAUUUCAACAACAAUAUUGGAGCAUCGGAUUUAAUAGAAUUGUACCCAUGUUGGUCAUCGUUCCUUGUUGGGGUGAAGGUAUUACUGAAUUUGAAUGGUUGUCUUCUGGCAACGAGAAAGUUAUAAUUAAUCCUAACAUUACUAAAGAGGA